GUGGCGGCGCUGCGCUCGUGUGUGCCGCAGGAGUGGCCCGAACUGUCAUUGUUCAUGUAGUUUUCUGUGAUAAGAAUUACUGUGAAAUUUAUAGUUUAGCAAAGUAAUUAAUUAUAACAAUCAAAAUGUCUACGUCGGGGGAAUUCGGUAAUCCUCUACGCAAGUUUAAGCUCGUGUUCCUUGGAGAACAGAGUGUGGGAAAAACGUCGCUGAUCACUAGGUUCAUGUAUGACAGUUUUGACAACACUUAUCAGGCAACAAUCGGAAUAGACUUUCUCUCCAAGACUAUGUAUCUGGAAGACCGUACAGUGCGACUGCAGUUGUGGGAUACGGCGGGCCAGGAGCGUUUCCGCUCGCUCAUACCUUCUUACAUCAGGGACUCCACUGUUGCUGUUGUCGUCUAUGAUAUAACCAAUGCAAACUCAUUCCACCAAACAUCGAAAUGGAUCGAUGACGUCCGCACGGAGCGUGGCUCGGACGUGAUCAUAAUGCUGGUUGGCAACAAGACCGAUCUGUCUGACAAGCGGCAGGUCUCCACCGAGGACGGUGACCGCAAGGCCAAGGAGCUCAAUGUUAUGUUCAUUGAGACCAGCGCGAAGGCUGGAUAUAAUGUCAAACAGUUAUUCCGAAGAGUAGCCGCGGCGCUGCCCGGCAUGGACUCUGCUGAGAGUAAGCCACCGGAAGACAUGCAUGAGGUGAUCCUGCGACAGGCGCCCGGAGACAACAAGGAGCCCGACAGCAGCUGCGCCUGCUAGGACCGGACAGCUAUACCACUAUAUAUCGGGCCACGGAACUUAGCAACGUUGGUUACUUGACGCGAAUGAAAUGUCACAAUUUAUGCUAGACUGCCGAAUAUAAUUACCAGAAUUUUUUAGUAUUAUAUAUUUCAUAUUAAAAGUUAGCUUCUCAAAAUGUAAAAAAUUGAGAGAUAUACCCUUGUGAUCAAAAAAGUAUGUUCGUACUAAAAUAAUCGAUUUAAUAAAACAAAACAUAUUUUGCCCAAACGAAAAAAACUAAUAGUGAAUAAACGUCCUUAUUUAUAAACGUUGCUUAGCGGCUGCUUAGAUAAACACAGAUUUCUCUCUUUCUGUCAUUAUUGAUUUGACACUUGAAAGAAGAAGACAGCAUUGUUUAAACAAUCACUCGAUAAACAACGUUAAUAAGUAAGGCCGAUAGUUACUUCCCGUCUGGGUUGUAGUUGUCUAUUAUAGAGUUUAACGUGAUUGAAGAUAUACGGGCUCUUGUUCAAAGGCAUUAUAGCAGAUAAUUGAACUAAAAUAAGUUAAAGUAACAAACGUUGUUUAGUGUAUCCUUGUCGCUCUGAAUGAUUUGCGAGGGACCGAAAAUGGCAGCUGAAUAGUUAACAUUAUAAUGUAAUAUGUCGAAAGCGAAUGAUAAAAUGUAUGAUUCAUUCAUUCAUUGAACUAAAAUAUUUCAUUGUUCGAUUGGUCGUUACGUAAUGGGGACCGAACAAUCGUAAUGCUCUAAAAACUAAAGCUCGGUUACUAUAUUCCAGUAUACGGUUAAGGAUAGCAGUAUUGUCUACGAUACGUAAUUCAGAAGCUACCAUCGGGUUGCUGCUUACGUCAUAGAAGACUGCGUAUAACGGAUAAUAGGAUAAAUAUAUGAAGAUGAAAAUGUGACAUAAAAAUCGUUUCUUGAAUAUAGUAAACGAAUGAUUAUUAAUUAUGUCACGUCCGCCGCGCCCUUCGCAAUCAUUCAGGACGACAGACUGAUCUGACAUGUCGCUGUGCUUUUGUGUGUUAGCAUUUAAAGUGAUAUUAGAUUUUAAUGUACAUCCAGCAUUCAAUGGUAAUGCACAAUCGUGCUUUAGGUUUGGUCGAGCUGUUUCAAUGCGUUUGGUAUAUUUGUGAACACGGUGGCACCUUUAUGCACGGCUGGAGUCGCUUUUGUGUCGUUGCGGAUUCGUUUUAGUCUAUAAGACUGUUCAACGCGAGCCCUUGGAAUUGGCAAAUUCAUUCAAAAUUAAAUUAAAUUCAUUUCUGAUUUUUAAUGUUCCUUUACGAUUGAUAUUUUUGUUUAUAUAUUUAUAUUUAAUCUAUUCGGAAGCCUUCGCCCAGUGGAAUAUUAGUGGGAUGUUUCGGUUACAAUUUUAUAAUUGUAAGUAUAUAGUGACAUAUUAUAUAAGCAUAUGCGAGAGGUUGGAAGGGCUUACGUCUACGAAUUCGAUUGCAGUUGCCGAGAGUGAAUGCGCCAAGCGUGUAGGUUUAGCGUUUCGUUGAACUGCCCUACGGCUGUAUAUAGCAUCCGGUCGCGAUCACCUCUGUACACAUAUCCUAAAUUAUGCCAUACUUUUCUACAUACAUAAAUAAUUAUUAUUAUAACACAAAUGGGGAAUCAAAGGGAUUAAUUGAGAUUAUAUUUGAAAUUUACUCGAGUUAUGUUAUUUUCGUUUCUAUAAAUUGAUUUUAAGUUUAUAUUAAACAUUUAUUAAUGACUAAAAUAUGAUAUCGAAUUAAUUUUAAUAUAAAAGAGUAUAUAACGAGGUGGCGCGGCCUGUGUACAUUAGUAUUAUUUAUUUACUUUAGUGCUUAAGAACGAAAUCUUAUGAUUCUUAUAUUUUUAACUAAUAUUUUUAUUUAGUGAGAUUUUCACAGCUAGCUUUUAUCGGGUUUAUAUGACGUUUACAUAAAUAUAAAAUAUUUGAAAUAGUUCAUUCCAGCUUUUGUAAUGAUUAUAUUAUUAUAUAUAUUAAUAAAUGAUAAAUUUAUUUUAACCUCAAAAAGCAAUAACUAUUCCUGAAAUGAGUUUUAAUUGAUCGAAAAAAUAUUUAAUAUUAGUUACACUAAUUUUAUAGUUAUUAAUAUUUAAAAUAAUUAAAAUUAAAAUUGUUUAUUUGAAUUUAUUUUUUAUUAAUAAUAGAUAAAUGUACUUAUUAUUUACAUUUUUUGUGUACUUGGAGCAUUGCAUCAGUUUUGUAUAAUUUAUUUAAAAAGUUAAUUAUUUAAUUACAAAUAAUUAAUCGAUUAUCUAUUAAUAAGGGACAAUAUUUCUGGUGCAAUAUUCCUGGGACAUAAUUUUUGACCGCCAAGUUUUCUUUUUAUACCACAGAAUAUAUAUUAUGAUUCACAAUGUCUUAGACUUAAGGUCGAUUAGCAUGGUGUAGAAAUACGUUGAACCGUGCAGUUUGUCUAUGGACGUUGUUUCAUGAUUUUGUUUAUAAAUACCCGUAUCUCACGCUGAUAUUUUAAAUAAAAUUUAAAACAAUA